UUGUAAAAAAAAAAGUGACGUAAACGCGUAGACGUCAGCAGAUGUAAACAAAGCAGGGAGCUGUCAGACUGAUCGGUGAUCAGACUGAUUGAUGAGCUGCUUCUGGAGCCCUCGCUGAUGAUACCGAGCCGGUUCGUUCCGUCCAGACUUCCGGGAACACAGUGUGAUCUCUGAGCGGACCUAACGGCAGCCUGCGCGUUAGCAACAUGGACGACAACAAGGUCUGAGGGACUACAGGACUGCUGACGCUGUUUUCCAGUGUUCUGAUUGAUGGCGGGCAAAGUGAAGAAGCCGGGAAAACGCGGCCGUAAACCUGCCAAAAUCGACCUGAAGGCCAAACUGGAGCGAAGCCGGCAGAGCGCCCGCGAGUGCCGAGCCCGGAAGAAGCUAAGGUACCAGUACCUGGAGGAGUUGGUUUCCAGUAAGGAGAGAGCCAUCUGCGCCCUGCGGGAGGAGCUUGAGAUGUACAAGCAGUGGUGUUCGGCCAUGGAUCAGGGCAAGAUUCCAUCAGAGAUUAAAGCUCUGCUCACCGGAGACGAGCAGAAAAUGCCUCCAAGCGGUGGCAACAAGACGUCCAAGAACAGCAAGAACAACAUCAGUAGCAGCAAUGGGCAGAGUUAGACGCUUUUCCACCUCCUUCUCCUGCUCCUCUCCUGCAUUUCAUCACUCACACAGGACUCAUGAGACCUUUAAACCUCCAGAGAAUAAACCUCCCUCUGUUCUCAGCACGGAGGUUCACCUCCUCGUACAGUGCAUGUAGUAACCCUCACAGCCAGCAGGGGGGGACAAAAGCUCCUGGCUGCAGGUCAGAUCCGACAUCUUCACACAGAAGCAGCAGAAAGUUGUUUGUGGAGCUGAAGCUUAAUCACCAUUCCAGUGAAUAAAGAUGUUAAACUUGAGAACACAAAUACAUGCUCUGAACUGAGGAUCAAUGUCUUUCUGUGGUGGUUUGCAGGUCACAUGACUUACUCCUGUUUCUAAACUCUUAUAGUGACAUGUGUGUGUGUGUGUGCAGCUGUUGGACAGCUAUUGUGUUAUUGUUGUCUGGUCAUCGGGUCAAGCCGGGCUUUCCUCUGGUUUGAUCCUGAUAACAUCUGUGAGCUGAAGGACUGACUAAACCAGCAGCGAGCAGGUCGGCGCCCGCGGCUUCUUUUCACGCACUAAAAUCUGAAAUCUUGUUUCUGAACAGCUUGUAAGCUUUUUUUUUUGUGCACCUUUGUAAACAUAGCUGAAGCACUUUGU